GGACUCAAAACCUCCAUCUCUUUACUUCUAUAAAGUCCCUCCUCACUCUUCACUGCUUUUUAUCCUUCUCCAAGUCUACCUUCCUCUGCCAGUACUUCACACUCAAAAGUCCCAAUGGCCGCCUCCGCUGCCUCCGUCGGAGUCGUUAACCAUGCACCACUGAGCUUGAAUGGCUCUGGAUCGGCAACUUCAGUUCCGAGUUCAGUGUUCUUCGGAAAUAGUUUGAAGAAAGUGGUGAACUCGAGAAUUGUGAACCAGAAGGCGUCGUCGGGCAGCUUUAAAGUGGUGGCAGCGGAUGCGCUCCCGGACGAGAAUCUCGAGAAGCAGACAUCUAAAGAUAGAUGGAGAGGGCUUGGAUAUGACCAAUCAGAUGACCAACAGGACAUCACAAGAGGAAAGGGAAUGGUGGACACUCUGUUUCAAGCUCCCAUGCAAAGUGGAACUCACUAUGCUGUUAUGAGCUCUUAUGAGUAUCUUAGUACAGGACUUAAAUCGUAUGAAGGCAUGGACAACUUAUUGGAUGGUUACUACAUUGCUCCUGCUUUCAUGGACAAGUUGGUUGUUCACAUCACUAAGAACUUCAUGACCCUCCCAAACAUCAAGGUUCCUCUGAUUUUGGGUCUGUGGGGAGGCAAAGGACAAGGAAAAUCCUUCCAAUGUGAGCUUGUAUUUGCCAAGAUGGGAAUCAACCCAAUCAUGAUGAGUGCCGGAGAAUUGGAAAGCGGCAACGCCGGAGAGCCAGCCAAGUUGAUCCGACAACGAUACCGCGAGGCAGCUGACAUAAUCAAGAAGGGAAAAAUGUCUUGCCUCUUCAUCAACGAUCUGGAUGCGGGUGCUGGUCGUCUUGGAGGUACCACUCAAUACACCGUCAACAACCAGAUGGUUAACGCCACCCUCAUGAACAUCGCCGAUAACCCAACCAAUGUCCAACUACCUGGAAUGUACAACAAGGAGGAGAACCCCCGAGUUCCAAUCAUUGUCACUGGUAACGACUUCUCCACUCUUUACGCUCCUCUCAUCCGUGAUGGUCGUAUGGAGAAAUUCUACUGGGCUCCAACUAGGGAAGACCGUAUCGGUGUCUGCAAAGGUAUCUUCCGUACCGACAAUGUCGCCGAUGAGGACAUCGUCAAGUUGGUUGACACCUUCCCAGGCCAAUCCAUUGAUUUCUUCGGUGCUCUAAGGGCGAGAGUGUACGAUGACGAAGUAAGGAAGUGGAUCGUUGGUGUUGGAGUUCAGGACGUAGGGAAGAAACUGGUGAACUCGAGGGAGCCACCACCGAAGUUCGAGCAGCCAAAGAUGACACUUGAAAAGCUGUUGGAGUAUGGUAACAUGUUGGUUCAAGAACAAGAGAAUGUGAAGAGGGUGCAAUUGGCUGAUACUUACUUGAAUGAGGCUGCUCUUGGAAAUGCCAAUGAAGAUGCCAUUAGUAGAGGAGCUUUCUAAAUUAAGCUUGGUCUGUUCUCUGUUGAUCUGAUUUGAUGACACUUCAGGUGGGGAAAGGAAUGCUCAUUAUGGGAUUUGCCUGAUCUAUAUUCGUCAGGCCUUUUUGUUCUUUCUUCUUUUGUGGAUCCAAAAUCACAUAUCAAAAUAAAAGUAUAUUGUUACUUUUGUUUCUCAUUUUGUGACUUUUGUGUUUCAAUUUGCUUUGUGGAAAAAAAGAACUGUUGUAAUUCUUCUUUCACUUAUAUUCAAAUGGGCAAAAUGAUCUGUUUCGCUUCUAAA